AUUAAAAAAAUGCUUAAACCACGGGGUCUGGCUUCAGCCUCUUAAACCCUAGCAAAAAUCCAUCGCCAAAGAAGCAGUGCUCCGGUCCAGACUGCAUCAAUGGCGUGGCUAAUCCGACCCUUGAGAAGAACCCUUUCUUCUCCUUGCCUUAAAGCCCUACCCCUUCGUCAACAUCCAGAUCCCACAUCCUUUAUCAGCUCCAGAAGCAUCUCCGGCAUGCGAAACUCUGCUUUUCAAGACAAGAUGUUGAGGCUCCUUCGCCAAGAAAUCCAAUACGAACACGAGCGGUCCGCUCCAAAACAGCCUAUCACCAGAUUCAAUUCUUUCACGGUUGAUGACCGGCAGGGCGAGCAAUGGAUCAAAUUGAAAAGAAAAUUUGGGGAAAAAGAAGAUAUUACAAUUGAUGCAACCAUGUUUGAUGGGUCGGUUCCCGUCUCUAGUUCAGGUGAAACACAGGAUAUCGAGCAGCUUCAUAUGACAUUUAUUGUGAAUAUCUCCAAGGGAGGUGAUGGUAAUAUCUUGGAGAUCGUGUGCUCAGCUUGGCCAGAUACCAUAGAGAUAAAAAAAGUUUAUGUUCGCCAGCAUAAUAGGAAACCCGGUUAUCCUUACUUGGGUCCUGAGUUCGAGGAAUUGGAUGAAGAACUGCAGGACUCACUUUAUGAAUUCUUGGAGGAAAGAAGUAUAAAUGGUGAGCUUGCAAUAUUCUUGCACGAAUACAUGGGAAACAAAGAUAAAACAGAGUUCACUAGAUGGUUGGAAACUGUCAAAACUUUUGUUGAGAAGAAAUAGAGAGAUGCUUUUGCCAUGUUCAUGCUGACUUUUUUCUGUUUUAGUUAACAAAAUCAUUACUUGCUAUUCCAAUUUUUGUCCGUGCCUACAUCUCUAGAAGAUUGUCAUUAUGUGUAAAGCUUGAUUAGAGAUGAAGCUAGCUUUGUGCAAUUACAUUGAUGCAACCAAAUAUCAAGCCAGCCCUUGAAAAGCAGUAGAAACAUGGUCACCAUUAGA